GCGCUUUCCUCGAGCGCACACCCAUUGACAUGGAUUACUUGGGGAUCCCUCAACGCUCUCCAGGUCUCGACAUUCUGAGCACAUUCUCUGGGUCCACAGGCGUCUGGUCGUUGCUCGCCAAGCUCUUCAACCGCAAGAAUAUUUGGGAAAGCGCGAAGCUGCUGCUCGUGGGCUCCAUCAUCGAGAGCGGCCGGAGACUGUACCAAUGGCUGAGUGCAAGGUUACAUCUACAUUAUGGUGUCUCCGCUAGCUUUAAGCAAGGCGACCCGGCGUAUGACUGGUUGAUGCUGUUUUUGACGGAAACGGAUGCUUGGAAGAAAUCCACAGCAUUCAAGGUUACCGCGAAGAGCGCCCAGCGGAAGUGGACCGCCCACGAAGGUGCCUUCGUUCUGGCAGGCAACGCUGACUACGUGCCAAGCUUCGAGGAACCACUACUUUUCCGAUGGAACGGUUACUGGGUGGACGUCUCAAAGUCGACGAGCAUGCUUGGCCAGCUCCCUUAUGUCCCUCAAGUGCCGAAGGGCGCAAUCCACGUCACCAUCUUUACCCGCAAUCUGAAGGCAUUAUCUGACCUCGUGGAAGAGGCGCGUUUACGGUAUCAGGAAAAUGGGCGCCCUCGCGUCACCGUGCAUCUCAAUGACGCCGCUAUGAUGGGACCCCGCGGAACGGAAUGGAACAUGGUCAAAACGAAGCACCGUCGACCACUGAAUACCUUGGCACUGGAGGACGGGGUCCUGGAGUCGAUUCUAGAGGACGCUCGCGAGUUCCUCAAGGCUGACGACUGGUACACCGAAGUUGGCAUUCCUCACCGUCGUGGCUACCUUCUUUACGGACCUCCGGGAACGGGCAAGACUAGCACCAUCUAUGCUAUUGCUGGCGAGCUCGGUUUAGAAUUGUACUCCCUUUCACUCGCUUCUAGGCAUAUCGACGAUAGCUUCUUGCAACGGCUCGUCUCUUCGGUCCCGCGAAACAGUAUCCUCCUCAUUGAGGACAUAGAUUGUGCGUUUCCUUCUCGGGAUGAUGAGGACGACGACAAGGAUGUGAGGCAGGAUAUGAUGAUGCCGUCGUAUAUGCGCAGCGCCCGGAUGAGAGGCCAGGCGUCUGUUACCAUGUCAGGAAUCCUCAACGUGCUCGAUGGUGUUGGCAGCGACGAGGGUCGCAUCUUCUUCGCCACGACCAAUCACGUAGACCGCCUUGAUGCAGCGCUCCUUCGUCCAGGUCGCAUCGACCGGAAAAUCGAGUACCAACUCUCCACCCGGCGUCAAGCCCUCUCCCUCUUCGAACGUUUCUUCCCAGCAUCUCGAUUUAACCCCGCGGAUGCCACGUCAGGUAAAUCAGAAAAGUAUGAUGACCUUGAGGCACUCGGCGCCGAAUUCGCAUCUUCAAUACCCGAGCAUGAGUUUUCUACGGCAGAGAUCCAAGGAUAUCUACUUUCGUGCAAGUCUCGCCCUGCUCAAGCUGCGGCAGGCGCUAAAGCAUGGGUCGAGCGGCAAAGAGCGGAUAGACUCGCCAAGGAGGAGCGCGAAAGGGAACGCAAAGCUGCGAAAGAGGCCAAGGCUGCACAGAAGGGUGGCGCCCAGACGAGCGCAGCCACAAGUACCCCGAGCCGAAUGUUGGGUAUGAGUGUCAUGAAUAUGAGGGCGCCGGAUGGUCCGGCAAUCGGCGCGCCGAUUCUUCUUUCAUCUCGCACUCAAGCACCCUCGCUACCCAAUAUCGAGGUAUCGCAAAGCCUUGAACCUGUGGCGGCAGUUCGCUCCACGGAUACGAAGCAGCCCGGUGCCUCUGGAUUCGGGGCACACGAGUUAAAAGAAUCCACUCCAACUCUUGUAGACAACACUGGUCGGGAAUAUGCACCGCCGUCGACACCGUCCUCUCCCCUGGUGCCCGGUCCCUCGCCGCUCGCCUUCGAAUUUUCAGACCUUCCUCCUGCCAUCUGCGAGACACAGGAAGAGUCUAUCUCGGAACAGCCAGAUGACUUCAGCCCGCUCUCUGGUCAGACAGUGCCGCUGCCGGCGCUCCUGCAGCCAACGAAUCCCGGUCAUGAAGCAACAAGAAGCUAUUCUGUCUCUCCCACCCCUUCUGAAUCCUCAUCCGGCGUCUUAGUAGACGCCCCUUCCUCCAUAGAACCGUCGCCUAACCCAUCGACAUCUCAACCCGGUUCUAACCGAUCCGAGCCCGACACUUCGACGGAGCUGUCGACAUCAUCCCGGGCCUCGGUUGGCUCCGAGUCAUCGACCUCGUCCAUUAAACGCGGUAACAGACUAUCGACACCCUCUCGUGGGCCAUACGUACGCCCAUCCACUCCCUCGCGGGGUAUACCCCGUCCCUCUACGCCCUCCCGGGGCACGGCAUCGUCGACAGCACGCAAGGCUAGCGGUACGAAGAUACCCAUACCGGAUCACCUCGUGCAUCCGCCAGCUCGACCCCGGUCGCCGAUGCUUCCUCCUAACGGCCAACGAACCCGCACAACCUCGCAUACGUCGACGUCACAGGGGUCGAUCUCCAGUGGCACGGCGCGCCCAAGGCUACCUUCAGGUUGGCGUCCCCAAUCACCAUCUUCCACUGUCUAGCGGAUUCCUUCGCC